AUGAGUGGCCCCUGCCUCUCCUAUGGGUCCUUUGGGAUCUGAGCCCUGGGCCACAGUCUGGCUGCAGCCCUGAAGCUCCUGGGCCCUCUACUCUGAGCUCCUUGGGACAGUUCUCUGCCUGGCACACAAAAGACCCUCCUGACACCAGCCGACCUAGACACACCCCCUCCAAAGAUCCCAUCGGAGCCCACCAUCCUGGGAGCAUCACCGAAAACCCUUCCUCCGGCUUCUCAGAUUUGCAUCCGACCUUCGAAUACCCCUCUACCCCGCAAUUUCCACAUGAGCACAGUCACCCCAAUGCUGAGGUCCCUUCUCUGAUGGGCAGCCCCUCCCCAGACCCUCAUUCCCCCUCUCCACAAUCUUCCUCUCCCAAGAUGUGACCUCUCCCUCUCUGUGUUCCUUUCUCUCCAUCAGUAUCUCCUGGCUAUGGUCAUAGCGUAUUUCAGCCGGGCCGGCCUCCCCUCCUGGCAAUACCAACGCAUUCAUUUCUUCCUGGCUCUCUACCUGGCCAAUGACAUGGAGGAGGACGACGAGGACCCCAAACAAAACAUCUUCUACUUCCUGUAUGGGAAGACCCGCUCUCGCAUACCCUUGCUCCGUAAGCAUUGGUUCCAGUUAGGCCGUUCCAUGAACCCGAGGGCCAGGAAGAACCGCUCUCGCAUACCCUUGCUCCGUAAGCAUUGGUUCCAGUUAUGCCGUUCCAUGAACCCGAGGGCCAGGAAGACCUGCUCUCAGAUAGCCUUGUUCCAGAAGCGUCGGUUCCAGUUCUUCUGUUCCAUGCGCUGCAGGGCUUGGGUUUCCCCGGAAGAGUUGGAGGAGGUGAGUGGGGCCUGGGGAGGUGGAGGAGGUGGGGAGGAAUUGGGUGGGCUGGAGGCUGGAUGA